AUGGGAGCCGGUGGCAAGAAGGCGAAAGCCAAAGAUAAGAAUGGGAAGGCUGGAGCAAAGCAGAAAAAUAAGAACACCAAGAGUCCUGAAGCGACAGCAGAAGACCAGACGACAAUUCAAUCCUCGACUCCUGACAGCCCGGCCCCUGUGGUACAAGAACCCGAACUCGGCCAAGCAUCGGAACCAGUACUUGAACAAAUCUCAGAAGCCGUCGAGCCACUUGAACUUGAACCUUCUCCAACUCCAGUCGACCAUGAGGAACCUGAGAAAGUCUCAUCUAAACUUGAAGAGCCCUCAGAUCAACCACCCUCUCUGAAGGAGACCCAAACUGACACCGAAGGUCCCGUGUCAACCGACCAAGACACGACCGAGGUUCCUAUUGAGCCCGAAGAGAGCCAACCAUCAAUCGAAGACAGUCACCAGCCUGAGCCUGUCGAAGAAUCUGCCAAGCCGGAAUCAAGAGAGCAGACGCCUGUCGCGGCUCCAGCUGUCCCAUAUUCGCCCGUGCCAUCGCAAGUGCCACUACCAUCACCUUCCCUGACGGAGGCCCGGUUUGUGUCCAGCGCUUCACCAGAGGCCCGAUUCUACCCUGCGUCUCCGGCAGUUGUACCCUACGCUUCGCCUGUGCCAUACGCCUCGCCCGUGCCGUACGCUUCACCUGUGCCGUACGCUUCACCUGUGCCAUACGCCUCGCCUGGAUCGUACGCCUCACCCGUGCCAUAUACGCCGCCCCAUCCAUACACAUCACCUUUCGCAUCGCCCUUUGCGUCGCCCUUUGCAUCACCUUUCGUCUCACCCAUACCCAAAGUCAGCAGUCCGCUGGCUCGUUCUCAUUAUCCAUAUAUGCCUCCCGCCAUGCCUCCAACAAUGUCUCCCACUGCAACACCCCCGCCACCUCAAGCACCAGCUCCUCCUAUGAUGGCACCUCCACCCCCUCCAUCAACCAAUCAGAGCUAUACCUCCGCUGUUCACUCGCCCGUCAUGAGCUCUGCCCGGGUCGUUCCACCAUACGCCCAUUAUCCUCCCCCUCAGCCAAGCCCUCAAUACAUGCACCGGAGCUACAGUGUCUCUGAUCAGCCAUAUGCAUCUUCAUUCCAAGCCCUCCGGGACCUACCCCUACCGGGCAAUGGCGCAACACACGAGAACGGCACUAUAUCACCCCCUGAUAAUAAUGACGCCGAACAUAUCGAGCUACUGCAGCGCAUCCAAUCUGCAAUUCCAGACAUCAACCGUCUACUGCAUGGCUUCCAACACACUCACACCCGACUCAACAGCCGCGAGGCAGAAAUGAAGCAGAUCGGCAACCAGCACGAGCAAGCAUUAAUGCACAAAGAAUUCUACAUCGAAGCACUUCAAUCACAAAUGAAGAAGACCGCCAAUGAAAGUGCCGAAGAAUGCGCCAAGCUGAAGAACACUAUCAACGAACUGCGUCUCGAGCUCGGAAACUUACAAGAGAAGCAAAGAGAUCUUGAAGAUGGAUUGGCGACGCACCAAAAGUCCAACGAAGAGCUUUCUCAAGGCAAGAGUGAUCUCGAAGCAGAACUUGCCACGUUGAACACCAGCAUUGAAGAAUCCAAGGCCGCGCACGAGAAGGAGCGCGAUGAGCAGAAGGAUGAGCAUACGAAGGCUCUUGCGACGCAGAAGCAAGAACUGACGGAACUCUUCGAGGAGAUCAAGAAUGAAGACGAGAAGGCUGCUGCUGAGACUCUUGAAGCGCGCGAGAAGGAUCUCCGUGAACAACACGAGACUGACAAGGGUGAAUGGGAGAAGGAAAAGACACUGAUUCAGGAGACUCUUGAAACUCACCGUAACGAACUCGAAGCGACAAAGACAGAACUAGCUUCUAAAAUCGCCGCUCUUGAAUCCAAGGAAAGCGAAUUGGAGUCUCGUCUUGCUGAACUCACCUCGAUCCGCGAAGAAGUUGCCGGUAAAGUAGCCGAGCUCGAAGCUAAAGAGAAAGAGCUCCAGAAUACUCGUGACGAGAACGCGAAACAGAUCGAGAUGAUCCAAAACACCCAUGCGGGCGAGUUGGACUACAUGCGUGAGGGCCACGCGAAGGAAUUGGCUACCGCUGCUCAGGAGCUCAAUAACAAGAUUGCCGCUGUUGAGGCCCAGCUUGUCGAGAAGGAGAAGAGCUGGGAAGCUGAGAAGGCGGGCUUGGCCCUGCAGAUCUCUGAGAAAGAUGGGGAGCUGUCGAGCUCUGAGCGGGAGAAGGAGAGAUUGGAGGGAGAUGGUCUCGUCAAGGAACAGCAACUUCAGCGUGCGGUGGAUGAGAUGAAAUCGACUAUUGAUCAUCUGGAUGGUGAUUGCGACCGGCUGAGGAAGACACUCCACAGUCUUGGUGAGGCCACCGAUCUUAAGACUAAGGGCGACCGUUUCUUUACCGACUGUUUCAACCAACUCUCCCAAAUGAUCCACGACCUCUCCCAAGACCACUUCGCCUACCUCCCCAUCGAUCCACCAAAAGACAUCCUCUCCAAAAUCCCCUCCGAACUCCCCUCCUUCCUAGACAACAGCCCGGCCUCCCGCGACCUCCGAUGCGCCUACAUCCGCCACGUCGUUUCCAAGACCCUAACCUACCGAGUCUUCCAACCCUUCCUAUUCACCCUAGGCAGACGCUACGACAAAGCAGACACAUUCUUCCAAAUGCUGUCGAUGGAUAUUCGCCGUAAAUCCGUCCGCCGUGAGGCAUUCUGGCGCCAGCAGACUCUAAAAGCAGCAUAUACGACUUCGGACGCGAAACAAUCUAUUAACGUCGCUGCGGCGGUGAUCGUGGAUGAAAUUAUCGAUCAUAUCAGACAUUUCGCUGAUCCUAAACAUUUGGAUUCUCUACUCAUCACCGUUCGCAAGAUUGUUAAACUUGCGGCUGAAACGUGGCGACAUGCUCGUGUUGAGCGAGAACUGGUGUUAGCACUCCUACCCGCGCCAGAUGCGGAAGACGUCUCGAAUGAGGGGUGGUUGGAGUAUGGAGUUGCGAAGGAAGUUAUUGGCAGUCCGAUUCAGCAGAAGAGUGAUCCAACUCGGCAUGUCGUUCUAAGGACAUUCCCGUGUGUGGUGCGAGAGGCUGCGCAUGAGGACUUUGCUUUUGCAUCGGGUGAGAGGGCGAAUUCGUGCGUUUACUCGGUCGGUGAGGUUCUUUUCUCCGAUUCACCGGUUAUUAUGGCGCGGUUGCAGGAGGUGGCGAAGAAAUCUACGGAUACGGGGGGUCAGUUGGGGUUGAAUUUGUCUCCGCCUAAGACGCCCUCCCAGGAGAAUUUGCCGCUGAGGGGGAUUGAGAAGUUGGUUGGUAUUCAUAAUUCGCCGAAAUUGACGGUGCAGUCUGCGCCGAAUAGUCCGAAGGGACAGUUUAUGAAGACUUGA